GUACGGAUCAGACUUUGACGCACUCACUUAGACAUCAUCAACUGCUCUGAAGCCCUCCUCCACAACACAUCUUCAGAACAAGCUCAAUUGCUUGUGCUUGAGUCAAAUUUACUGAUUCCUUCCUAGAUAUGCGGUGUCGGAGUUCUGAUUUGCUUCAUCGGAGAAACAAGCCACGGAGUAGGAAUGCACAUGUCGGCAAUAAAACCAGCAGAGCUGGUCAAGAUGCUCCAUUGGCAAUACUUCCACUCUUUAAUCGUGACUGUCGGAAUAUCUCUCAUCAAGUUAUCUGUCGCUACGUUUUUGUUAAGGCUGGUGCCUGGCAAAGGAUAUAAGAUAUUUUUAUACUGCAUGAUUGCGUUUUUGGUUGCUUUUACAUUAUCUAGCGCUGGCACACUCAUAUUCUCUUGUAUACCCAUUCGAGCAAGCUGGGAUGCAGCCGGCGAGCCCAACGCAAAAUGCUUCAGCAAUGCGACAUUUACCGCAAUCGGCAUGUUCAACAGCUGCGUAAACAUCGUAACCGACGUCCUCUUUGCAUCCCUCCCAAUCCCCAUGGUCUGGAACCUCCAAGUCAACAUCCGCACCAGAAUCUCCCUCAUCGCCAUCUUAUCCCUCGGAUACUUCGCCUGUGCCGCCUCGAUCGUCAAAACCGUCAUCCAAUCCAACGUCCUCUCCAACCCAGACUCCACCCGCAACGACUCCUACUUCAUCUGGAACAGCAUCGAACUCUACGUCGGCAUCCUGGCCGCCUCGCUGCCCUCGCUCCGCCCGCUCUUCCGCUCCAUCCUCGAGACGACGCGGUCCCUGCGCACGCGCGGCAUCACGUCCAGCGCCAAUAUGGGCGGCACGCGACAUAAGUAUUAUAUCCACGAGGAUGGGAUUGGGAUGAAUAGUCUGCAGAGCCAGAAUAAGUUGGCGGGGGGAGGAGAGGCGAAGGCGCCGUACGAUGUAAGGAUUACGGGGGUGGAGAGCGGGAGUAAUAAGAGCGAGGAGGAGAUUGUGAAGGGGGAUGGGGAGAGUAGUGAGGAUGUGUGGCCGUUGCAGGGGAUUAAGAAGACGGUCGAUGUUACGGUUUCUUAGGGUGCGCGGUGGGGAAAAGUUGGGAUGGGGA